UGCACUUUAUUGUAUGUAAUUUCCUCAUAGAUAGAUCCCUAUACUCAUUAAUUUAUCUUUCUUAGCAAUCAGUUUCAUCCUUUCCCUUUAAACAACUUUGUUCUUUCUCAAACACUUACCUCGGUUCACCCACUCAAACAUCCUUUGAUUCUGUUUUUGAGCCACACACAAACACAAACAAAGAUUCCACUUUGACUUUCAAUCCACAAAGACAGGUUCCCAAUUACUGUGAUUUGAAUCAUUUGAUCAUGGAUUCUCCACAAUCUGUUGUGUCACCCUUCAGAACCUCAAUCUUGGGUGAAGGUGAGAAGCACAGGUCUGAUGCUUUAACACAAAGCAAUGGUCCUUCCUCUAAGGACAUUGAGGUCAAUGGAAAGGAAACUAUCAUGUCAAAUGCCGAGGAAUGCGUUGGAGUGCUUGACGUUUACAUACAUCAGGCUAGAGACAUUCAGAACAUUUGCAUAUACCACAAGCAAGAUGUUUAUGCUAAGAUUUGCCUGACAAGUAAUCCUGAGAACACUGUAUCUACCAAGACUAUCAAUGGAGGAGGAAGGAACCCUGUGUUUAAUGACAAUCUUCGUAUCAAUGUUUGGGAUGUUGAUUCUUCUCUCAAAUGUGAGAUAUGGAUGCUUAGCAGGGUGAAGAAUUAUCUUGAAGAUCAGUUGCUCGGUUUUGCUUUAGUACCGUUGUCGGAAGUACUAGUUCAGAAUGGGAAACUAGAGAAAGAGUUUUCUCUUUCAACGCUUUCUUCAAAUGAUCUGUUUCAUUCUCCUUCAGGUUUUGUUCAGUUGUCAAUUGCUUAUACCGGUGCUACACCUGAUGUUAUGGCAAUAUCUGAAAUGCCGAGGAAAGUGGCGAAUCAUCUGACUGUGCAGGACUCGGAAACAUCUGAGUCGUUGGCCAGAGAUUUGGAUAAAAUUGAGUUUCCAGAUCCUAAGAUUGUAAAUGAAGACCACUUAAUGGUUUCAGAAUACUUUGGCAUUUCGUGUGAGGAGACUCAGUGCUCUGAUAGCUUGGCCACUUCUGAUGCUGAUGAUCAUAGUUCUGAAGCAGGUGUUCGGCUUGUGGAAAGCUUCUCGGCAUGCAGUGAAGAGUCUGUGCAAGUGCAACCUCCUAAGGUUGAUUCUCCACCGAGCAGUGUGUCAACAAAUGGAGUUUCUUCUCCUGCACCUGAAAGCUCAGAAUCAUCUGAUGCUGCUGCAGCUUCUAAGUACCCUGGUCACGAACAAGUUUCAGGCACCGAGCAACCAAAAAAAGUGGAUGUCAAAGAUGGUGAGAGUGAUUCUUCAAGUGUUGUUCCGAGUGAUUUAUUCCCUAAGCCUGUUGUGACUGUGAACAUCGAGCCAGAGCCGCAGAUGGUGCAGCAGGAUAUAGUUGACAUGUACAUGAAAAGUAUGCAACAAUUUACCGAGUCAUUGGCAAAAAUGAAACUUCCUAAUAUGGACAUUGAAAGGGAACCUACUAGUUCUGGAAAUUCAAGUACUGAGCAGAAGCUACCACCAUCUAACAAUGGUACCUCCCGUGUCUAUUAUGGGAGCAGAGCUUUCUUUUGAGAUUUUGCUUCCUUGGUUUAAGGGAAUACGGGCAGGUGACUUUAGAUUUUAGAACGAAAGCUAAGGUUUGGAUUCUCUUUAGUCAUGCAGUCAUGGAUCUCGGUCGUUAGAUGAAGAUUGGAUCGUAUUCAAUAUGUAUUUGAAAGUCAAUGUAGCAAAUUCAAAAUACAGUCGUUCUAAUCUUCAUCCAACGAUCAGAUCCCUUGUGUGUGGGACUGUGUGUUUUCGUUGACCAUAGGGAGUUCGAGUCCAGAAAACUGAUAAUAGCAGUGAAAUGAAAUAAUGUAGUAUCCAGUGUGGUGUCUCCUUCUGUAUUUCUUCUGAUGUUGUAGGUUACAGGGAAUAUAACUUUGUACUCUCACAAGCUUGUUGCUAUCUUAACUGUUACAUGAUCUUUUCUGUGUUA